GGAGGGUAACUCUGCUGCUGAUCCCACAAUGCCGGAAGAAACAUUGGCCCGGAUGACACUGCCGACUCGAACCGGAUUUAGCGCCCUGCGCCUGACCUUGGCAGCUGAAGUCUCACUCAGAUCUCCGCCAACGCUACCCGAAGUUCAGACACAGAGUGACGCCUUUUAGGCAAGCCUCCGCAACAUGUGGUCCUCGUCGCUCUCCUUUGCGUCGCCGAGAAGCCAAUGUGGACGAUGCGACCAUCCGCGGCCAAAGUACAACGGCGGGUACGCCUCGGUUCGGACGAAUUUGAGCGCGAUGUUGUCCAACGCCAAGUAUGCUGGCUGCGACGUGUGCUGGAUCCUGUCCGAGGGCAUUGUCAAGUUCCUUUCGGAUGAGUCUUGCGGGAUAACGAGAGACGAUGUGGACGAGCUGCGAAUUGACUUCAACUUGACUGCCACGAAGCGCAGCUUGGAGGUCGCGCUGCUGGGGACGCCCGUCAAAAUGUUCUUUUAUGCGUCGGAGCCUACCCCUUGGCUGACCGAACAUCUUCCGGACCUGCCUGUCGGGGCGGCGGUCCCAUCUAGCACUUCCUCCGAGGAGAGCCUUGGCUGGGCUAUUCAACAACUCGAGAUUUGCAAACGGUCUCACAGGGCGUGCAACAGCUUCUCUCCGGCGCCGCUUCCCAGCCGGGUGCUGGAUGUGUUCGCUAAAGGAGAGUGCGGCGUGCGUCUUCACGUGUCGCAGGGCGAGACCGCACCGUACACGGCCCUCAGCCACUGCUGGGGCCGCAAGCCGUUCCUCCGCACGCUGUCUGGCAGUCUCGAUGCCCACCGGUCUGGAAUCCCGUGGGCGCGGCUGCCGACAACCUUCCAGGGUGCCGUCGAGUUCACCCGUAAGCUGGGCAUCCGCUAUCUGUGGAUCGACAGCCUGUGCAUCAUCCAGGAUGACCAGCACGACUGGUGCCGCGAGGCGACAAAGAUGGUGUCCGUCUACCAAAAUGCGACGCUGGCCAUCUCGGCGGCCAAAUCUGAGGGCGCGUACGGCGGUCUGUAUGCCGAGUUCCCGCCCAAAAACAGAACUCACACGGUCGAGUUCUGCCCAGAACAGCAUGACGACCACUGUUCUUCUUCCUUCUCUCCGUCCUCCCAACCAGAGUACGCCGAGCGAGAAGAACUAGCACAUAAACGAAAAACAGAACAAAUACAUCUCCGCCUCGCCCUCUCCCACCCCCACCGCCUUCUCUCCCCCUACCACGCGCCCACCAUCUCCCUCCCCAUCUUCAGCCGCGGCUGGAUCCUACAGGAGCGCUUCCUCUCCCCCCGCAUCCUCCAUUUCGGCCCAGAAGAGCUCACCUUUGAAUGCCUAGAGACGUCCACCUGCCAGUGCACCCCUUCUUUUCCAUCACCGCGGGCCACUGCUUCUGCUGCUACCCUGACUCCACCAACCUGGUACGACCACAUGCUCGACCGCACGGCAAGGCCAAAGCACUACUACUCGCUCACCACCUGGCUAGAAGAAGAAGAAGAAGAACCCGGGAAAAGGCGAAUGUCGGAUUCGGACCUCCAAACGGUCUGGCGCAGGCUGGUCGAGGAUUACACCCAUCUCUGUCUGACGUACGACAAGGACAUCUUCCCUGCCAUUUUGGGCAUGGCGAGGUUGAUGCAGCGGGCUAGGGGACAACAUGAAGGCAGCAGCAAUAGGUAUGUGGCUGGGCUGUGGGAGGAUGCGUUGUUGCGGGGGGAUUUGCUGUGGCAUGUUGAGUUGCCGCUUCAGUCACAUGUACGGCUUGGAAAUGGAAGUAAUGGUGGUGGUGAUUCUGGUGGUGCUGGUGGUACUAAUACUAGUGGCGCCUGGGCCGGGGGCUGGGCGUGUCGGCCUGCGCGGUGGAGGGCGCCGUCGUGGUCGUGGGCCAGUGUCCGGGCGCCUGUUAGAUUUGUCGGCGGUGAGGAAGGGGUCGAGGCCGAGUGUGAGUUGGUCGAGGUGGUGUGCGAGCCGGAGGGAGAAGACAACAUGGGGGAGCUGAGGGAGGGAGGGAGUUGGUUGGUCUUGAAAGGGCGGUUGGUUCCGGCUGUGCUGAGGCUCAGGGAUGGGACCGGGGAUAAGGAGAACCUGCAGCCGUGGAAUAUGGUGGAUUUGGAUGUGUUGAACGGAGGCCACUUGAAGAAUCUGUGGGUGGAUGACGACUGUAAGUGGUUAGUCGGGGAUGUUGGGCGGGCGACAGUGUAUUGCUUGGUCGUGGGUCGGAAGCUGCCCAGGAAAGAGUUGCUUUGUCUGCUUCUGGCGCCUGUACCCGCGGAAGAAAACUCCAUGGCUCGAGACCAGGCCCUGCAUGAGGACGGGCAUCUGUACAGACGCAUCGGCAUGGUGGAAGUCUUUGGCUGGCCGCCACACCCGGUGCCUUGGGGAUGGCUGCACAGUUUCCUGGGCAAGGGGGAGGAUGCCGUGGUAAGAAUUGUGUAGCCGAGACUUGAACAGGCGGAAACAUGCUCGAUAAAGGGCUGUCUGGCAGUGAACCGGCAGCAGAGACACCAGACAACAGGAGGAGUCACAGACAUGGACUGUUACGGAAUGAGAAACAACGCAACGACGGCCUCCUACUCGACUUCGUUUUGUCCUUGUUGCUUGGUUUUGGCUCUUCAUUUGAUCCUGUCGAGCGC